CGCCGUCGGUCGGACCGCGCCGGCGCAUGCGCGGUGCGGCGGCUCCGUGACCGUUCCUCAGCCAUGGCGGACGAGGAGCUGGCGGCGCUUCGGCAGCAGCGCCUGGCUGAGCUGCAGGCCAAGCACGGGGAUACUUCUGCUGAUCCGUCGCAACAGGAGGCAAAGCAGAGGGAAGCGGAAAUAAGAAAUACAAUUUUAGCUCAAGUUCUUGAUCAAGCAGCUCGUGCCAGAUUAAGCAAUUUGGCACUUGUGAAACCAGACAAAGCAAAAGCAGUAGAGAAUUAUCUUAUACAGAUGGCAAGAUUUGGACAGCUACCUGGAAAGGUAUCAGAACAAGGUUUGAUAGAAAUACUUGAAAAAGUGAGUCAGCAAACAGAAAAGAAAACAACAGUAAAGUUCAACAGAAGGAAAGUACUGGAUUCAGAUGAAGAGGAUGAUUAUUAAAUACUACUGUAAGCCUGCCAAAUAAAUGGUUGGACAAAGGCAACAGUUAUCAGGCAGAAUGCAAAGUCUGAAAAUGUUUACGUUUCUUUACUUCUUUUUAAAAUAUAUAUAAAUAUGUAUAAAGGCCAACAAAUGAACUUGUCUUGUAAAAUACACCUGAGAAGGGGAUUUUAUAACUUAAAUUUUUGUAGUAUAAGUGGCCUGAGCAGUGUAUAGUUCUCCACUGCUUGAGUAGCAUGAAAAUUGUUGCCCCUUACUCAGUGUGUAAGCUAUGCUUUCAGCACCCGUACACCCUUAACCUGCUGCUAUUGGAGAUACGGUAACAGGAGAACUUCAGUGUAAAGCUGGGAACAGCCACUCCCUGCAAGAGUUUAAAGGACUUACCUCCACAGUCUAAGUCACAAAAGUGUUAGAAGCAAGGUUUCCUGAGCCCCUGAAGGAAGCCUCUCAGCAGCUCACAGAGACUCUCAGCUCUACUCGAAUUUUUUAAAUUCAAAUUAAAGCAUCAUAGUAGCCAUUAUUUGUGUUUGGAUUGGGGGCAGUCUCUAUUAUAAAGAAACUGUUACCAUCAUACAAUUGAAGUGUUCUCCUACAAAACAAUCAGGCUGUCUCAAAAAAAAAAGUUGAAAUUAACUGUGUAAUUGUAAUCCAGCACUGUUCAGACAUUUGGCAUCGUACGUUCUUAAAGCUACCUCCAUUUUUAUCAAAUAGCUGGAGAGUUUCUUAAAAAAAACAAUCAGUUUUCCUAAAUUUCUGCAAAUCCUGCAUGCAUAAAGUAAAACUUGUGCUGUACAUUUAUUAAAAUACAUUGUGCUGAUAAACACUCUACAACCACAAAGCCCUCUUCUGACAUAAUUUAACAUAAACAUGUAUGAUCCUAACUGCAGUGGUUUUUGGAACAGAAUAAAACUGUUUAAAGUGA